AUGGCUGUUAAACUUGAAAAGCCCGAUCAAUAUCAAGAGUUCCUAGACAAAUUCGACGUGUUCUUGUUUGACUGCGAUGGCGUUCUUUGGAACGGUAACGAACCCUUACCAGGAGUUAAGAAGACCAUGGAGCUAUUGCGCUCUUCAGGCAAACACGUUUUCUUUGUUUCAAACAACUCUACCAAGUCUAGAGAAGAUUACAAGAAGAAAAUCAAUGCACAUGAAAUUGAAGCAAAGCUAGAAGAAAUUUAUCCUAGUGCUUAUUCAUCUGCCAUUUAUGUAAAGAAGGUUUUGAAGCUCCCUGAAGACAAAAAGGUAUUCGUCCUUGGUGAAGGAGGCAUUGAAAGUGAACUUGACCGUGUUGGUGUUAAACAUACUGGUGGUACUGAUGCUUCUUUAAGACGCGCUGUUAACUCUGACGAUUUAAAUAACGUCCGACCCGAUCCUUCUGUCGGUGCUGUUUUGUGUGGCAUGGACAGACAUGUCACCUAUCUUAAAUACUGCAUGGCCUACCAAUAUUUGCAAGAUCCUAACUGUGCUUUCCUUUUGACGAAUCAAGAUUCUACAUUCCCUACGAAUGGUACCUUUUUCCCAGGAUCCGGUUCCAUUUCUUACCCAUUGAUUUUCUCCACUGGCCGUACUCCUAAAGUCUUAGGAAAACCCAAUGAUGAGAUGAUGGAGGCUAUCGUUGCAGGCGUCAAUUUUGACCGCAAAAAAGCUUGUUUCGUUGGUGACCGCCUUAACACGGAUAUUCAAUUUGCUAAGAACUCCGGUUUAGGUGGCUCUCUUUUAGUUCUCACAGGUGUGAGCCAGGAGAACGAAUUUCUUGAGAAGGAUGCUCCUGUCGUACCUGAUUAUUAUAUUAAUUCCCUUGGUGAUUUGGCUAAAGUAGCUUAG